CACAUUUUAUAAUGAAGUAUUAACAACUGUGAUGUGCGUUCACAAAAAUUAAUUUAAUUCCUCGUUAAAAGUUUUAAAUAUUUCUGACAAUACUAUCAUGUGGAGGACAAAUUUUUGGUCAUUUAACACCAUGCACUUAUAUACAUUAAAUAUGACUACACACAACCACUGGAUGAGAUUAGCGAAUCAUGUGAAGACUAACAAUAUUGCGGCAAGUAACAAUGAGAAAAAUCGGCUCAGUGGGUCAAAGCUUUUGGCCGACAUGAGAAAUGGUGAAAACCUUUCCAAAUGGGAACCAGAACUAUGUAUAAAAAUGUUACAGUUACCUGGCGUUAAUAACUAUUUAGCGAUCAAAAAAUUGGUUAACGAAGCAGACAAGAAAUGGAUCGAAGAGUUCUUGCAGAGAGAUGGCCUGGGAACGCUAUUGAGCAGCUUGGGAGCGGCGAGUGGAAAAUCGCUUAUGGGCACAAUGGACCAGUUGCAGUGCGUCGAAUGCUUGCGUGCCGUCGUCAGGUCCCGGACCGGAUUGAAAUACAUAUCCACUCAUCUAGAAUACUCGUCGUACUUGGCUUCAGCAGUACUUGUAUGCAAUAAUACAAUCGUAAAGCUACAAGUAUACGAGCUGUUGUGCGCGUUGUGUGUAUUCUCCACUGACGGAAUGAUUUUCGUGAAGUCUGUUUUGUCGCACAUUAAGAUAAAACAAGAAUUACGACACGAUUACGAAAUCGUAGUGAUGGAACUACAACUGGCGGAUACAUUUGCUUAUCAAACAACUCUGAUGGCUUUCGUCAACUGUCUGAUACUCGUUGAACAAAAUCCUAGGAAGAGAACGUGUGUCAGAAACGAACUGAUUGCUCUUGGACUAAAGACUGCUAUCAAUAACAUGGAGGGUUACGAAGAUGAUGCAUUACAAAUACAAAUCACCGUGUUCGAAGAGCAUCAGUUAGCCGACGAAAAUCAAAUACCUCAAAAAUCACACCAACAACUAUUUAACGAGUUACGGUCUAAGAUAUCAAACACGUUAUACGACUCGUAUUUGCAAAACAUUUUGCUGCAAAUGUCAGAAAUGGAUUACAGUGAUGCAAAAAUUAAUGACAUUUGGAAUUUAAUCAAUGAAGUCAUCUGUAAUGAUCCACAAGCAAUAUUAGACACAUAUCGAAAAACUUCAAAAACACAUUCUACAGGGUCUCAAACUGACGAGAAAAGACUUAUAAAAGGUUUAUCUCUGAAUUCCCGACGCUGUAGCUUAAAUAUACCAAAAGAUAAACGAACUACUAUUAAACUUAAAAGACCGUCACUGCCCGCACUUCCAGUCGUCAAAAAAUUAGACGAACACACUAAUUUUAACGGGCGCCAUAUUAAAAACCCUAUUAAAUGUUCUAUAUUUACUCAGACAGACCGUGCGUGUUAUUGUGACGGUAUUGGACUUACUGAAGUUGACUCUAAUCCCGAGCUGAAUAAUAACAGUCCAGAUUUAUUAGAUGUGAACUAUGUAAAAAGUGAUGCUUGUAAAUCUCUGGAAUUAUCAUGUAAAAGCUCAGUAAUACCACCUUCGCCAUAUCUGUCAAACCUUUCAGGAAUUCCACCUCCCCCACCACUUCCAAUUUCAGUAGGAAUUCCACCACCUCCACCUCCACCACCACCACCGCCAUCAUCUUCAUCUUCAUCACAAAAAAUUCCACCACCACCACCACUUCCAUCAACAGGAAUAUCACCACCACCACCACCACCUUUACCCAUAAUAGCACCUCCACCACCUCCUUUGCCCGGAAUGGUACCUCCACCACCUCCUCCCAUCACUGCAUUAAAGUCCACAGAGCUAAUUUCAAUACCAGAAAAAGCACCUCAAUCUACAACAUUGUCACCUUCAACGGAAUUUUUGGGAUUUGGUAAAACUAUUACUGAUGGUCAUCGGACAGUACCUACAAGAAGAAUGAAUAACAAUAUAAAGUACUACUCAUUACCCAAAACAAAAAUGAAGACUUUGAACUGGACAAAGGUCAACAAUCAAUAUUUAGACAAGUCGGUUUGGUCGUCGGCGGACCCUCCUAACUUAAAUAUAAACUUCAGAACAAUUGAUGAAUUGUUUUGUCAAAAACCAAGAGCAAAAUCUUCACCUGCUGUUUUAUCGCCAAACGGUGUUUCUAAAGCAAACGUUGUGAAUAUAUUAGACAAUAAUCGAAGCUUAGCGAUCAACAUAAUGCUGAAACAGUUCAAAUCCGGUUCACAUGAAAUUUUAGAAGCGCUUCAAAAUGGUAUGUCAAUUCCUCUUGAACUAAAAGGUCUUCAACGAGUUUUGCCCACAGAUGAAGAGAUAAAAUUGAUAAAAAAAAAAGACGUCGACCUGUCUAUUAUUGGAUCUGCUGAGCAGUUUUGUAUGCAACUCAACAACAUAUCCAAUUAUCAGUUGAGAAUAAAACUUAUGAUCGAAAAAGAAGAACUACCUGCCAUAGUAUCAGAAAUACACAGUCAACUAGAAAGUGUCAAAGAAAUGUGCGAUGACCUGAUAAAAAAUCAGCCGUUCAAGCAAUUCCUGUCGCUAGUGUUGUUUAUCGGAAAUUACCUAAAUGCUGGAAGCUAUGCUGGCAACGCAAGCGGAUUCACAUUGGAUACGUUGCCUAAAUUGCUCGAUACUAGAGCCAAUAAACCUAGAGUGACUUUUCUUCAUUUCGUCGUCGAAGUGGCGCAGACAAACAAAAUGGAUGACAUAUUAAGUUUCACUAAAUACACUGCAGCUCUUAGAAAUCUAUCCAGGAUAUCAUUUUUGUCGUUAGAAGACGAAAUAAACGUCAAAACGAAACAAAUCAAAAGUUUACAUCUACAGUUGUCCAAACAAACGAAAAAACAGAUAUGUGAUCAAUUUUCAGAUUUCAUAAAGCAAGCCGUCAUUGAUAUCGAAACUCUUAACAAGGAGUAUAAAAGUGCAACGGAGAAAAUUCAAAGAGUAGCUAUCUAUUUCGGCGAGGACGUUAACAAAUUUAAAAUUGAAGAAUGCUUUGCUUUGUUGGGAAAUUUUUUCGACCGAAUUGAUGUGGUUGCCAAGGAAAACAUAAAUCGCAAAAUUCAAGAGGAAAAGAAUAAAACACUCGCUGUAGAAUUGGAAAAGGAGAAGGACGUCCCGAACGUCGUUAUGAGGCGCGGACGAGGGUCUAUGAUACCCAAAGAUGAAGAUGUAUGCAUAGUGGAUUUGGUGUUGCGAGACAUUAGGAGAGGAUCCUUUAAUUUAAGAAGCGUGAAAUCUGAAGGCGAAAAACACAUCUAAUAUAGCAUUCCAAAUAUUUGAAUGUUUUAUUGUGUAACACGUGCAUAUUUCACUUCAUACUUCACUUAUGUUAUGAUGUAUUAUAAAUAAUUCCAGAAAGUUGAUUAUGUACAACUAUUAUAAAUACUAAAAUACUGAAUUAUAAGACUUUCUAUAAAAAAAUAUUCAAAAGUGUCAAUUUUAGAAAAUAUUAUCAUAAAAACAUUAUAGUUGUAAUUUUCGUCAUACAGUUAUAAUUGUAUACUUAUUUAAUUUCUUUACUAUUUUUGUUUUUGUUUUUUUUUUUUUUAUGGAUUAUUGUUUGAUUUGACUUUAAUUCAUUUACUGUUCUUACCACUCUUUGUCUUUUUUUUUUUAUACAAUAAUUUAGUAUUAUAUUCAACACCUUAUUUAUAAAUUUAUAUUAACGUUUUCAAUGUCUAUUUGUUUUAUUUUUUUUUUAUAUACUUUUUUCGAGGAUUAUGGAAACAACUAAAAUAUUUUGUAUAUUUUAAUGGUUAUGUAGGUUUUAAGCUUAAUCUGCUAUAGAAUCUAAACUAUUAAUGUUUAUUAGAUAAGUUAUGGAUUUUAUUGUGCCAUUAUAUGAGUUCAAAUGAUUUUAUUUUUUGAUAAUAUCUAAUUUUCGAGUUAAGUAUUACUCACGUAACUUCCGAAUAAACUUAUAAGUUGUGUUAAUAGAGUUCAUAAGAAAUAAUUAGUUUUUAUAUUUAUAAUUCGUAUAAGAAUUUAUUUUAUGUUCUUAAAUUAUACGGUUGAUAAAACUUUGAAACUUUUUAUAAAGAUAUUAUAUAGAAACGUCGUCAAAGCUAUUAAGUAUUUCAGUGAAAAAAAACACAAUUAUUUGGAGGGAUGAAUUAUUCUUACAAUUAUAAAUUUAAUUUGAUUUUUAUUACAUCAAUCAAAUUCGGGUUUCAAGAUAUAAAGUAUUUUUACACUGGAAAAAAAUUCAAAACCCGUAGUAGUUGAAUACUUUAUUUUAAAUGUGUAGAGUACAAAAAAAAAAGUAUUAAAAUACCUAUAUUUAAAUAAUUUAUAAUAAGACUGGUUUUUAGGUAUUAUUAAAAACAAUGUAUUGUAAGAAAUAUAAAUUUAUAUUGAAAUUUUAAUGAUUUUUGACUGUAUUAAAAAAUAUAUAUUUUAUAAAAAUUA